AUGGCCGGCGUGUGUCGGUGCCCUUCGCCGCGGCUCCUGGUGCUGGGAUUCGGGCUGGCGCUCCUGCGCGCCGCGGCUGGGGAGCAGGCGCCAGGCCCCGCCCCCUGCUCCAGCGGCAGCUCGUGGAGCGCGGACCUGGACAAGUGCAUGGACUGCGCGACGUGCCCCGCGCGACCGCACAGCGACUUCUGCCUAGGCUGCGCUGCUGCACCUCCCGCCCACUUCCGGUGGCUUUGGCCCAUCCUGGGGGGCGUCCUGUGCCUGGCCGUAUUGCUGGCACUAAUUUCUGGUUUCCUGGUCUGGAGACGGUGCCGCAGGAGAGAAAAGUUUACUACCCCCAUAGAGGAGACUGGUGGAGAGGGCUGCCCAGGUGUGGCGCUGAUCCAGUGACUUGAGUGCCCGCUCAUCGUUCGUUCAUUCGUUCAUUCUGGAGCCAGCCCAGCCUUCCAGACACAACCCGAGCCAGGCUUCUCCAGCCACAAAGCGGGUGGGGUGGGGUGGUGAAUCACCUCCUUAGGACUGGGCCCAGCGUUCAGGGGAGCCUUCCAAGGUGUCCGUUUCUGGCUCCAGGACAGAAAAGGAACCUCGCGCUGGCUCACACUCACUAAGAAAUUGCAUUGUUUGCACAAGGCGGGGGGGGUCUCUUUGGUCCCCCAGAUGUCCUGGAGGCCUGGCUGACUUGAAGGGCCAACACUACACUAAGUCCCACCCAUUCAAAUGGACCGCAAAUCCACCGGGUUUCAGCCUGAGGGAUCAGGGACUUGAUCUUAACACUAGGGGGCUGGCCCUCUGGGAGGGCUGGCCCUAAGACACAGGACCCCCCUCAUCCCCCAAGUGAGGGGAGGAGGUAUUUAUUUUGGGGAGAAACUUUGAAGGGGAGGGAGAAUUUAUUAAUAAAAGAAUCUUUAACUUUUUAACUUUAAA